AUGGUCCCUCCGGGAGUGGACCACGAAGUCCUCAGCGGCUCUUCCCGGUCCCCGUUCCGAGUCAGUGCCCGGCAGCCCCGGCAGCUGCUCCACAGUCCCUGUGACCUGCCUUCUCAUUCACUUCACAGAUACGGGACCUACUCGCAUAGACUUUUUAAGAAGCUGGAAAUUCCUGGGCCGACACCGCUGCCUCUUUUUGGAACUGUCCUGUCUUACCGCAAAGGCUUUUGGGAUUUUGACAAGACAUGUUUUAAAACCUAUGGAAAGAUGUGGGGGUUUUAUGAUGGUCGACAACCUGUGUUGGCUAUCACAGAUCCAGACAUGAUCAAAGCCGUACUAGUGAAGGAAUGUUAUUCUUUCUUCACAAACCGGCAGAAUCUUAGUCCAGUGAGAUUUAUGAAAAGUGCUCUCACAAUGUCUGAGGAUGAAGAAUGGAAGAGAAUAUGAGCAUUGCUGUCUCCAAGUUUCACCAGCGGAAAACUCAAGGAGAUGUUCCCCAUCAUUGGCCAGUAUGGAGAUGUGCUGGUGAGGAACCUGAGGAGGGAGGCAGAGACGAGCAAGCCCAUCACCAUGAAAGACAUCUUUGGGGCCUACAGCAUGGAUGUGAUUACUAGCACAUCAUUUGGAGUGUAUAUUGAUUCCCUUAACAACCCACAAGAUCCCUUCGUGGAAAAUGUCAAGAAGCUCUUGAGAUUUAAUAUGUUUGAUCCACUCUUUAUCUGCGUAAUGUUCUAUUUUCCAUUUUUGGAAGAGUUUGUGAAAAUUAUGGAUAUCUCUGUAUUUCCAAAAAGUGCCACUAGUUUUUUCACAAAAUCUGUAAAAAGGAUUAAAAGUCACCUCAAAGAUACACAAAAGCACCAAGUGGAUCUUAUGCAGCUGAUGAGUAACUCCCAGAAUUCCAAAGAAAUGGAUGGCCAUAAAGGUUCACAUGGGCCUCUACCGGGCUCCUCUGGCUCCCCUGCCACUGGUACCCCAAAGCCAUGCCCAGGCUGUUUGGUCGUGCUGCUGCGGGCUCGCACAAGCCUCUACUGGUCUCCUCUGGUGCCAUUGGUGCACGGAUCUGCUCUCAGUCCCUUCUGGCACCAUCAUCCCCGGCACGCGCUGCCACUCUCCCACUACUGGGCCAGUGUGUAG